AAACAUAACCUCUUCACAUUUAUAACAUACACAUAUAUAUUUAGGAAUUAAAAUUAAAACCAGCUUAUCGACGUAUAAGUUGAAUAUAUUUAUUUUCUUUCGUUUAUUUCUAGACGAUUAAUGUUGAAACACGUUUAUAAUGCGUCCACCAAAAUUCACGUUACCUCACAAUGCAAACAACAUCGGAAAUUUGGAGAGAAAGGUCGUUGUUGUAUCAGUAAUUGGCAAAUCUCAGUACAGAGCCAAAGGAUGCAAGGCAGAAAUGCUCAGCACUGUUUUACUCGCUGGGCUCCUGGAUAAUCCAAUGGUUAAUGAAGAAACUUUGUGUGACAUUGAAGGUUAUCACGAUGUUCAAGAAAGAACUGUUUAUCUUCAUUUACGAGGCCUCCUCGAUACGCACACACUGGUCAAUCAGUAUCAGAGUUUUGUAGAAAAUCGCGAAUGCAAAGAUUUUCUCAGUGUCUGGGCUCACAUGAGAGACAAAUAUGCCAGGGCUCUGCUCGUUCUGUUCCAUAUUUCACAUCUUAUUAUUGUUACCUUUCCUACUCAUACCUUCGAUUAUAGCUACGUUCAUUUGUUCAGAGCCUUGGAUAUUGUGCGACAAAAUUUUUUCGAGACUUCUCUUCAACUGACAUUCGCACUCAGAAGCAUUCCUGGAUUGCCGAAAGGUUGGGAGACAAAUGGAAGGCCUUGUUCGCCAAGAGUCUUAUUUUACUUUGAAACCUGUCCGUCGGUCUUUCGAGAUCCUGAAAGCGGAGCGAGCAUUAAAAAACUCGAACAUUCUUUGGAGGAUCAGAUCUAUCAAGUAUUACGAAAAAAUCGUAUUGUCACUAACAUCAGCUCAAAUUCGUUAUUCGCCAUACCAGCGAACCAAGAAUUCGUUUAUGUUCACACGGGCUCAACGGAAUCGCGUGAUCUUCUCGGCUACAUGACCCGUAAUUUGAUAAAAAGUUGUACAGCGGCCUCAAGUGGUACAAAUACAAAAACAAACGAAAAUUUGCAAUUGACUUUCAACACUUUUGAGUCUGAAACGGAAACGAGAUCUUUUCGAACUUUUUUGCAACAACAUAUAAAUCUUGCAUUUUCCAAAGGCUUUGAUGAUAACGUUGGUCGCCACAAUGUACAUUCUCAUUUUGACAUACCAACGCUUGGCUUAUUCUUCGAAGUUGCGAACAAAGUCUUCGACUUCUUCAUGCUGAAUCCUGACAACAAACCUCUCGCAACACUUCAUGGUUUGCUUGACACCGAUGUCAAAUUUAGUAAAAGUCGUUGCAGCAAAGUGUUGCCAAGAGCACUUCAGACUUAUCAGGAUAGUUUGCCACAACAUUACGGAAGGACGUAUCACGAAACGAAAUUGGCUCAUGCAAUGGCGGUGUUCGAGAUGCAUGCACGUGGGCCAUUGUUUGAGGAAUUCAGCGAAAAGUUACAAAUCGAGUGCGACAAACAUUGGCGUGCAGGUCGACAAAUGUGCGAGGUUUUGUCGUUGACGGGCAACCCGUGCACAAAUCCGAUCCAUAAAGGUGGCAGUGAAGGAGCCGGUGGAGGCGAACACACGGAAGCCCGUGGGAUUGAAAGCGAACUUCCGGUGAUGGAGCAUUGUAGUGGAGUUCGAUACGUGUGCGCUUGCAAUUGUGGUCGAUGUCAAGGACCACGAGAAGAUCCAUUCAACCUUCGUCACGCCAACUACGAUUAUUUUCAAAUGUUGGCCAAACAAUGUGGAUGCUCUCAGCUCGAAAGUAUACAAUUUCCAGUUUUCCAACCGAGCACACACAAUUUUAGAGCUGCGCAAUUGUUUUCUGGCGGAAAGCGAAAAGACUCGUUCGGGCGCGUCGAAUUAUCGACGCCCCAGGGUCAAACUCAAGCCUGUAGUUUAGCGGACAGCACGUUGCACGAUGACGUUGCAGCGUACGAGAGCGGUGGACGUUCCCAAUUGAGCAACGAUCCAGCGAUCGAAGAAGCUCGAAGACUAGCCAAAACUAGUUUGACGCCGGGCGAUGCCCAAAAAGUUGUGAUACAAGUCACCGAUUCCGAAGUCGAUAAUUCUAAAGAAAAAUCUUUGGUCAGACAACCUUCAACGACGGAAUAUUUACCUGGAAUGUUACAUACGGAGUCUCCGGCUGGUUUGUUACCACAAUUUUCCAGUUGGUCUCUCGUUUGUUUGGGACCUAGCAGUCUGUACUCUCAUAACUUGGGGCUUCAACAUCAAACCGGCGUUUUAGCCACUUCCGCAUUUCUCUUGCCUUGGGACGUUACAGUGAGAUUGGGGCAUCAGAAAGAUAGAGGAUCGUACUGGCCGACGGUGGGAGAUCACGAGGGCCGCAAUUACUGUCCGCGUGGGAAAAACUUUCAAAACGCCAAUACGAUGAAGUGCCGAAAAUCGAAAGGUGGGAAAGAAUUCGUGGUGAAAAUAUUCGUCGGUGUUGAGUACGAGUGCCCACGUGGUCAUCGGUUCAUGGCCUCGGCACCGGACAAAGUACUCAAAGCAACGGGAAAUGGAAUAGUCAAGGACAGUGGAAACAAAGUUACAUCGAGUACAGCUGACAUGCCCCUUUACUUUCCCUGUCCCUGCAGGCAACCGAAACCAUUGAUGGCACAACUAAUGAGAAUACACGUUGUCACACCUAAGGCGCCAGUUCACGUGACCCUCAAUCCACGCGUACAACCAGCGCCAGCGCCUUGUCCCAUUUUCGUUACGGGCUGCGAGGAGCCCAUCAAACUUUCUCAGAGUGCAUAUUGGGUCCUGAGAUUACCAUACGUAUACAUGGGGGAAAAAGGACCGUACGUGGCUCCAAAAGAGCCGGUACCAAUAUCCCACGGUCGUUUAUUAGCCGGAAUGUAUGGAAUAAGUGAAGUCGUGCCCGAAAAGAAGUAGCAUUACAGAGAAGUACUUUUGUACAUUGUAAUUACUCGUUUUUAAUUGAAAACGAUUAAAAAAAGGAAUAUUAAUGAAA